UGCCUGUUCAUGCCUCAUUCAUUAGUUAAUUUUCAACUUUCUUCUAUGACCGUGUUUUUUUUCCUCUGUGAUCAACCUUUCCCAAGGACUAACAAGCUUUGAAUCUGUUUGAACAGUUUACUUCCUUGCUACCUGACUCUGGAGUACCUGGAGGUUAUCUUCUUGGGAAAGGCCCCCAGCCUUAACACUCAACAAUGUAAAAGGCUUGGUUCCUGUUAUAGGACGCAUAUCGUUUGCCUGUCAUUUGAGGAAGUUAGCUAAACUUAGCUGUAACUAAUACGGUCUUUCAGUAUUUAGGAGACUUUUAGGCUGGUCCAUCACCCUGGUGACUUCAGUCGCUUCUGCUACCUGUUUGGUGUCGGUGGGAUUUAGUAUGAAAGUAAAAGGUUGCAUGGUAAGCUGGACUUGAUGCAUGGCAUUUGCAUGACUCCAUUAAAUGUCUUUGUGGAUUUGACAGUGAACGGGUGCAGUCAUGGCUCAAACAGCACAGAUUAACGGGAGUAUUGCAGAAAAAGGAGAGGGAGGUCUAAAUGCAGACGAUGACAAGGACUCAUUGGCCCCCUACUAUUUGGAGACCCCUUAUGGUUAUCAGUUAGACCUGGAUUUUCUGAAGUAUGUGGAUGACAUUGAGAGGGGGAACACCUUAAAGAAACUAAACAUCCAGAGGAAACCCAAAGUGGCAAAGCCUGUGGCAACACCCCGGAGUGGUGGCGGACAGACCAGUGGGUGGACAUCCACCGAGUCGCUGUCGUCUUCCAACAGCGAUGAAUGUAAACAGUCCCCCUUGCUUCCUACAAGAAACCAACCAAACUCUCCCCAAGUGAGGACAGCUGUGCUACAUGAGGCCUCCCCAGCAUUCCUGAGUGUCCCUGAGGGCAAGCUGCUGCCACCGCCUUCCCCCAGGUUGCCCAGGCACAACUUGCAUGUGGAGAAAACCCUCAUGGAAACACGAAGACGGCUGGAGCAGGAGAGGCUGCUCAUGCAGCCCCCAUCCAGUGAGGCCCGCCGGCCAAGACUUGCCAGUUUUGGUGGGAUGGGAUCAACCAGUUCUCUCUCCUCUUUCACGGGAUCUAGCGGACAAAAUCAGAUCUCUCCUAACUCUCACCAGCUCGUGCACAAUGGCCACCAAGCCAAUGGAGAGUAUAAUCCCUACUUCACCUCCUCCAUGGGCAGCUCCAUCCGCCACAGUCCCAUGAGUUCAGGAAUGACCACUCCUGUCACCAACAUCAGCCCCAUGCACUUGCAACAAAUUCGAGAGCAAAUGGUGGUAGCCUUAAAGAGGCUGAAAGAGCUGGAAGAGCAAGUGAAGACUAUCCCAGUUCUGCAAGUCAAGAUCUCUGUGCUACAGGAGGAGAAGAGGCAGCUGGCCGCGCAAAUCAAUAACCAAAAAUCCACCAGUCAAAGCAUAGGCCAUGGCUUCCGAAAACGAUCUUAUAGUGCAGGCAAUGCGCAGCAGUUUGAUCAGCUCUCCCAGUUGAAAAAGGGAUCAGAGCUGCACAUAAAUUCUGAGGAUGAACUCGAGAACAUGGAGCAUAGCUCCCAAAGAAUAGAGGAGUUCAGGCAGUUGACAGCUGAAAUGCAAGCAUUGGAGAGGAAAAUACAGGACAAUAAUUAUGACACACAGUUUAACUUAACCCAAAAGGCAGAACAGAAGCAGAACGCAAAAGAGCAGAAAUCUAUUGCAGUUGGUGCUGAUGAGAACAUGAACGAUGUUGUAAUUUAUCGCAAAUCUUCCAAACAGUACAGGGAUGUAGCUGUGGAGACGGAGGUGGAGACGAGAAGCACAGGGGUUGGUGUAACGGAAGCUUUGCUAGGUGUGUCAACAGAGGCAGAAACGGAAAUAGAAAUGCAACAUCAGGCCAUUGACGCUCUCAAGGACAAAAUCUACAGACUAGAAGUGCAGUUGAAGGAAACAACUCAUGAAAUGGAAAUGGGCAAAUUGAAGCUAGAGCUUCAGGCAGCAGGAUCAAGAAAGAAAGCCGAUAAGGGGUCAAUGGCAAGGCCAGCAGUCUACAGCACCUCAGUGGAGGCAAAGGUACAGAUGCAAAGCCAGGCUGUGGGAAAUCAUGUGGAUGUUGCUGAUGCCUGCACAGGGCAAGAUUCUCAGGCAUCUGCAACUGGAGUUUCCUGUAGCCCGGAACUACGACAUGUUGCUGUAGGUCCAGAAUUGCCUAUGAACCGUUGGACUGUCCAGGAAAGGGUUCAAACCCAAGAUAAGUGUACUGGCAGGUGUGUUGAGAUGUGUAGCAAGAAUGUGGGGGUAGAAUUGAGUGUUUAUGAAACAGGAGUUAACACGGAAGAAAUUGUGGGUAAUUUAGACCUUUAUAAAACUCGACUUGAAAUGGCUAAGAAGUUUAGAUCGGUUGGAUGUGGAGAAUGUUCAGUGAACGUGACAGUUUGUCCUGAGAAAGACUUGGUGUCUUUUGGCACAAAUACAGAUUUUGUCAAUAUGGUGGAGUCGGGUAUUAUGGCUGUACGUCAUACUACUUCUCAGUACACAAAUACAGCAGUAGAUACCGUAAGCACAUCUACCAACACAGAAACAGCAGUUUUUAUGGAUACCUGCACGAACACCACAUUGAAAACUCAAGAUAAACAAACUAAUACAGUACCGACUGAAACUAGAACGGUUGCCGUGGGUGAUGGUAGGGUCAAAGAAGUGCAGAUGACUGUCAAGACGCGCUCUGUGGGAGUUGGUACCACAGUGAGAAGCGAAUCUGAACUGGAAAAGCCUUCGGUUGUGAAGACCAAAGACUGUGGUGUUGGGCAGGCCGGCAUACAUGAGAACUUUUUAGUGGGUUUGAAAACAAGAACCAUUUCUUGUGGUCCUUCUCAUCAAAUAACAGAUUCUGCCAAAACCAGAAGCAUUGGAGUAGGGGAUGAGAGCAUAUCAGAAGCAGGGCAAAUUCAGCAGUCCCAGCUAGGAACAGCUGCUGGUUUGGACCAUUAUAUUGAACAAGUACAAAAGCUUCUGCAAGAACAGCAGAUGCUUCUGGCUGAGAACUACAGUGAACUUGCAGAUGCCUUUGGCCAGCCUCAUUCCCAGAUUGGUUCUCUCAACUCCCAGCUAAUGAACACCUUAUCAUCCAUAAACUCCGUCAUGAAAUAUUCAAGCACAGAGGAGCUCAGAACCAUGGAGAUCUUUAAGCUCUGUCCAGAUUCUGCAAGUGCCAUUACAGAUGCUGGUCAGUCAUCGAAUGUCAGUGGUGCCUGUACAGGUGUGAACUCUACAGCCCAUUCAGACAUUCGGACACAGGAGAGUGAGGCCCAACUGAGGGAACCAUUACCAUCUUCUGCUACUAUAGACGGGCUGUCCAAGGACUCCACCUCCUCUGCACUGAGGCAAAGCAGGACUUCUCAGAUGACCCUGAUGGAUCAACAGAUGUCUUCUGCAUUACAUGGACAGUCUUGUAGUUCCAAUACUCUGAAGUCCAUUAUGAAAAAGAAAGAUGGUAGGCAAGGAUCUAACAGCACAAAGAAAAACCUGCAAUUUGUGGGUGUCAACGGAGGUUACGAGACAACAUCAAGCGAUGAGUCAAGCUCGGAGGAGAGCAGCACUUCGGAGUCUGAGGAUGAGUGUGAGGGGAAUGAGUAUCCCAGUGAGGAAGCAACCAGGAGUGGAGAAGGGCACGGCAAGAAGCCUAGAGAGUUCUGUAAUGAAGGAGCGAUGGAAGUCAAAAGAGAGUGCGAAGAAAGAGAAGCAGAAAAGGUAGAAAUCCGGGAGAGGUAUGAGUUGAGUGAGAAAAUGCUGUCGGCAUGCACUGUGCUUAGAAACCACCUGAAUGACUCCAAGGCUCUUACAAGCAAGGAAGUGAGAGCUUGUCUGAACACCAUUCAACAUGAGUGGUUCCGGAUUUCCAGUCAGAAGUCGGCACUCCCAGCUAUGGUGGAAGACUACCUCUCUGCUUUCAGGGAGGUGUCUCCUGCAGUACUGCGGCACAUCGUCAACAUGGCAGAUGGAAAUGGCAACACAGCCCUUCAUUACAGCGUGUCUCACUCCAACUUCGAGAUUGUGAAGCGGCUUUUAGAUGCAGAUGUCUGUAAUGUAAAUCAGCAGAACAAGGCAGGCUAUACUCCUAUCAUGCUAGCUGCCCUUGCAGCUGUGGAAGCAGAGAAAGACAUGCAAAUAGUGGAAGAGCUCUUCGGUAAAGGGGAUGUGAAUGCUAAGGCCAGCCAGGCUGGGCAGACUGGAUUAAUGUUAGCAGUGAGUCACGGGCGGAUGGACAUGGUGAAAGCUCUGCUGGCGUGCAGGGCUGAUGUCAACAUCCAGGACGACGAGGGCUCCACUGCCCUGAUGUGCGCCAGUGAACAUGGCCACGUGGAGAUUGUGAAACUGCUGCUGGCCCAGCCGGGCUGCGAUGCCACAUUAACCGAUGGGGAUGAGAGCACUGCAUUGUCAAUUGCCCUGGAGGCUGGACACAAGGACAUCGCGGUUCUCCUUUAUGCCCAUGUGAAUUUUUCCAAAGCCCAGUCACCAGGGACGCCCCGACUUGGAAGGAAGACGUCUCCCAGCCCAACCCGAAGAAGCAUGUUUGAUUAAUGUUUCACACAGCUCCAUCUUUCUCCCUACUCCCUAAGCUGCUAUUGGUGUUUGUUAACCUGGACAGAUACUGAAUGUAAAAACCUUGUGCCUGAGCUCACCAGCAAAUAUCAGCAAUAAUACAGAAGAAAAAAUGUUUAUCUAUGUAUGCAUAAAUAAUACAAUAAAGAGCAAAUAAACCGGAAGAUGUUAUUCAACAGAAAUCAGUGUCUUAUACCUGGUACUUCUGAAUAUUCAAAAACGUCACCUUAAACUUUGACACUACUGUAACAUGUGGUUUAGUAUGUGCCUGUUCAUCUAAUCUGCAGUUAACACUUUCUAGAUUUGUCUUGACUUUCUGAUUCAAGGUUGUGUGCCAGAGCAGGAUCUUCGAUUUUUGAGCAUGUCAUGUUCUGAAAUGUCAUGUUUUAUGUUUGAAAUGUUGAUUUUCACAGUCUGUCUGCAUUCAGUCUUAAAUGACUGUUGUCUUCAUUUACAAACACAGAGAUCUUUAAAGUCCCUUUGCAGUAACAUCAAGAAAAAAACAGAUUAAGAAAUGGAUUAGAAGCAUUGGCAUUUAACCACAUCUCUUUAUAUGUAUGUUAAUAUAUCAUAGAAUGAACAUGAAGUAUAACUUUAUAUUAAGCUCAUUUGUAUCUUAUUUAAAAAUCACAGUAUUUUGAUGUUCAUAUACCCUAUAAGCAUUACAUGAAGUUAAAUAUUUGCUAGCAAUUUAUAGUUUUUAAUUCAUGCAAUUAUUGUAUGUCAUUGUACAUAUGUUUUAUAGAGCAGUUACAAUCCCUUGGGUUAUGUACAAUUAUACCAGUAUCCGUUCUUAUCAAAUUUAAGGUACUCUUAUCUGGUAUUUAAACAUUUGAAGUGCCUUAAACUUUUGCCAUAUAACAAAAUAAACUGCUUGCAGAUAAUGUGGGAGCUUUACUCCAUAUCAUUCAAAUGCAGAAGAGACUUAAUGGCUCGUGGCUUAAAGUACUAUAUUCUCAUCACCUUUCUAUAUUGUACUUAAAAAUACUUAUUGGAUUUGUGCCACAGAAUUAUAAUUCACUACUUCUAUUUGCUGAUAUUAAUCUACGUAUGUAUUUUACCUUUCAAAUAACAGAUAUUUUAAUUCCCAAUGAAUAUAUUUUAUUUGUCGCCUCAUUGUUGGAAAUUCUCUUCUGUUCUUCUCCUUUCUGUAUAGUGGACCCUUGUAUCGCUAUUUUACGGAGAGUGAUUCCUUUAAAGUGUUUGCAGAAAAUAAUGCAAGAUUAUUUCUUAUAGUACAGUACAUUUGAUCUCAAAUGGAGACUGUAAACACUUGUAUUUAUCAAAGCCUUCAGUGUUGUUAUUGUACAGCUUAUGUUCUUUAUUAAGUUGUAUUACAAAUGUGCAAAUAAAUGCAUUUUAAAUUCCUG